CGCAGUGCCCGGACUUUGGGGUGCAUCUAGCGGCACGUCUCACGCAUACUUCAACACCACUUCAGCAACAUCUCCUCUCGGCCGACAUGACUUCCUUUAGGCACGUACUCUUCGUCUUGUUCUUUAUGCUCCUCGGCUUCACGCAUUGCCUCCCUGUCCUCUCAAACAGCCCAACCAUGUUUGCGAGGGCCGCUGGUCCAUCUGGAUCUUGCGUUUCUCCAUCGGGAGGCUCAAGUAUUCUCAACCUUGGUGGGACUGGUUCAAUCCAUGUCGAAUAUCAGGGCGUCCAGGGCACCACGCCUGACGGCACUCCAUACCAUACGAUGGGUAUAGACGUGAUCUUGCAUGAUCCAACCAGUGCUAUGGCGGACGUGACGCUCGCUCAAGGCUUGAAGCCCAAUCCUCCUUCGGGCACCUCCAUCUCCGGUUACUUCACCCCUCCAUUGGGUGCUUCUGGUUCAUUCAACCUCAUAAUCAUCGAGCAUCAAUUCAUCUACAAUGAAGUUCUCUCCUUCCAAGCCGCUGCUCCCCAGAUUACUAUCCAAGCCGGACCCAUCCAGUAAACGUUGAAACCCGGUUUCUCAGAAAAUGAAUGGACACAGAACAGCGUGCUUAAUCUCCGGACUCGUUCGAGAAUGUAGCUUGGCUCGCAUGGACUCCUCCUAGACUUUCUAAGCGAUAGAAUCUUCUGACCAAUUUUGUAUGUAUUCUCACCAUUUAGACUGUAUUAGACCGUAUUUCCGUUCUCAUUUCUCCUGUCC